ACAGAACUAAUCAGACAAACACACACACACACACACACACACACACACACACACACAUUACCGGCUGAAAGAGAAAAAGUGAGAAAGCGAGAGAGAGGGACUGACAGAGAGAGAAAGAAAGACACAAAUACAUAUAUUCGUACAUACACCUCGCAAUCAGGACGGUUCACACACAGACACACACACACCUUACCGGCAGAAGAAAAGACUGAAAGAGAGAGAGAGAGAAAGAGGGGAAUAGGAAGAGAAAUAGCUAGAAAGAGAUAGAGAGAAGCAGGAAGAUAUAUAGUGAGGGGGAAAUUAGAUAGUCGGAGAUAACCCUGCUGCUCUGUCUCUGUCUCUACCCAACCACUUCAAUUACGCAUGUGCAGUCAUUCAGAACAUCUCCAGCACAUCUCAAACAUAAUAAAAUAAUAAAACAAUAUAUACAUAACAGAAAUAUAAUAUAAAUACACACAAAGUACCCUCCUUUACUCAGUCUUCUUUUAAAGCACCUUCACCUCGAGCCAUGGGAUAUAUUAUCGACUGUACACACUGAAAAGGUAUAUAUAUAGAAUAUAUAUUCACAAUGAGCACAUCUACAGAGUCUAGGGGUGCUUUUUCGGACGUGGAUACCUUUUACCAGGCCGUUAAAAGAACACAGAAAAACAUCGAAGAUGUCACAUUUUGUCACAACUAUAUUGGAACUCAGCAAUCUUUAGGUCAUCUUCGAGACAUUGAUGAACAUAUCAAAGAAUUCAAAGAAAAACUAGAUGAACUAAAAAAGGAUAAGAAUGAAGAUGUCAAAGAAUCACUAUCUUUCGAACAUUUGGUACUUGAAGACUAUGCAUUGCAAAAGCAGCGCUGUUUGGAAGAAUCUCUUUAUGUGUCGGAUAUUGAAAAUAUGCUUCAGACCUUUGAAACUGAAAUGUCGUCCAGAGCGUGUUACUUAAUUAAACGCCCAAAGGUUUUUGAAAGUGUUUACCGAGGUGAAGACAUAGAAGUGGCCUCUCGACUUCACAAGGUAGGUUAAAAGAUAUUUCUGUAUUAAUCACAAUAAAACAGGAA